CAGUUUCUUUAGAUAUAUUUAAAUCCAUUCUGAUUUGUUUUUUGAUCAUAUGGCUAUAGUAACACAUGAAACUGGCUAUAUAGUUAAGAAUCAGUUUUAAUUAUUAGCAAGCACCAAGAAGGGAUGUUUAAACAUUUGUGCCUCAGAGUUGCCAUAUCUGGAAAUUAUCUCAUGCAUUCCAAUUAGCUAAAAAGAUCCCUGCCUCACUACUGUUAAUUUAAAAUUCUGACAUAUAAAACACACAUGUUGAUAGGCUUCCUAGUGACCUAUUUAGCAUUGCAUCUAACUUCCAGUUUGAUAUCUGUUUGAACAGUUUUGGCAUUUAUUUGGUGCAUCACGUUUUUCUGCAGUGCAAAAAGUCCCUGUGUGAUGAAGCAUUAGACGCAGAUUGACUGAAGAACAAUAAUGAUUGAAGUUAAUGGAUCCUCCAUUACUGAACAGGAGGAAGUUGAAGUAAAGAAGGCAAAGGCAUUCAUUUGGAGACCUGGGAAAGGGCUAACAGAAAAAGUGGAGGCAAAAAUAAGUAAUCUUGGGGACUCUGAUGAUUUUGAAGACUUCCAAUCAGAAAAUGAAGACUUCCAAUCAGAUGAUGAAGAUUACGAUGUAGCUACUCAAACUGUUUUUCCUGAAAUGACAACAGUUACCCAGUAUGAAGAAGAGGACUGGGAUAAGGAGAUGGAAGACUCUGAAAACAAUAAAAACUCUUAUGAUUUAGACGAUAUUAUCUACUGUGGAAGUUUCUGGAAUGGCAAUGGACAGGCAUCCUAUUCCGUUCAAGAAGAACCUCUGUAUGACCCAAGCUUACAUCACGUAGCACCGUUGACUUUGAUUCACUUAAAAGCUGUGACAGAGGAUGGCCAAUUUGAAGAUGCUGUUGACUGAAACAUUCCCAGCAAUGGGACAAAAACACUAAGUUCUAAAUCAGAUUUCUCCGUUCAACUGCACAAAAUGGAAAUGACUGAAUGCCUUAUAAGAAUCUAGAGUACUGAAAUAUUAGGGACUGGAUGGAUGCAACUUUGUAUCACCUUUUGGUUUAAACAAACUUGAAAUGAUUUAGGUUUAAUUUGUGAAGUGGCUAUUGCUGUUAAAGUGCUGUUAACUAUUUUGUGUUAUCUCAGUUUUAAUUUUGGGUUUGUCUUGUAAGCCUUCACUGAAAUGACAGUACACUUUAUUUCCAUCUCUUGACACUCAAUAGGAGUUUCUGAAUCUAUAGUUCUACGUUUUGGUAUGUUGGAGGUCAUUGGGAUGCUGGUGGGAUGGAUAGUAACACAAUUAUUCUUAAGGAAUACAGGCUAUUUCAUUUUGUACAGCAUAUGUAUGUGUUUUAUUUAACAUAAUAAACAUGCGCUGAUAGAAUAUA